AUGAAAUGCAUCAUUCCUGCAAACAACCUGAGAGCAUUUGGAAAAGCAAUCCAUGCCCUAUCCCGAAUUGGCGAUGAGUUGUGGUUUGAUCCUUUAGAAAAUGGUCUUGCACUAAGAUCGGUUAAUUCUUCUGGAUCAGCAUACGGUUGUUUUUUAUUCUCUCCUCUCUUCUUCCUGCAUUACAGUAGGGGUAACAAGCAGCGACAAGACUCUUCUGAAGCUGAGGUUGUACCCCUCAACUGUAAAAUGGCAAUUAAGUAUAUUCUUCCUAUGUUCCGAUGCCUAACAACAUUAGAAAGGAGUGUGGAGAAAUGCAAGAUUUAUGUAAAUUCACAGGACUGCCGAAUAGUUUUUCAGUUCUGCUGUAAACAUGGAAUUACUAAAGCUCACCAUUUGGCAUUUCAGAAUGUGAGUCCCUUCAGGCUGUGUUUUCGAAGGCAGUUAAGCCCAAAUAUAGUGCGAUCUCAUGCAAGGCUUCUCUCUGAUGUAGCCAUUCAUUUUCCAAUGUCUCAAGAAGAAAUUACUUUGACUGUAACUCCUUUGAAAGCAUUAUUCAAGAGCUAUGUAGAUGAAGACAAAGAUUUCUCAAAAAUAAUGCAAACUGAAGUGAGCUUAAAACCCAAUGAGUUUGAGUAUCUGCAGGUUGGAGUUGACGCCGAGAUAACAUUUUGCUUGAAGGAGCUCAGGGGUCUUCUGGCAUUUGCAGAAUCUAUGAGCCUUUCUGUUUCAGCUCAUUUUGGAACAGCUGGGAAGCCAAUUGGAUUUAUCAUUGAUAAUAUGAUGCUUGAAGCUAUUUUCGUACUGGCUACGUUAACUGACAUAGGGAGUCGGUCAUCAUCACAGCACACUCAGAACUUAAAGACCUUUGCCAAUAAGAGCAGUGUUAAUCUGACAAACAUUCAGACUGAAGAUGUGAAUGAAUUAAUUAAUGAAGAAAUGAAUUCACCUGCAAUAGCCAUAGGAACCACUUUGCAAAAAGAUGCUCAGUUCCAGAUUCAGGAAGGAAAAGAUCACUGCAGGAACCCCAAAUUAACUAAAGAACUGAAACAAGAUGUGAAGACAUUCUUUGUGUUUAACAGUUGUUUAGAGGAUGGAGUUGAAAAUGAAAUGGUGCCUGGAACACCACCAAAUAAAAAGGUAGAGUAUUAG